GUAGAUUGCGCAACCGCCAUUACUGGUUCCAACGCCUCAGCCCUGGCAAACUUCUGCCGCGCCUGCUUUGCUGCAGAGAAGGCUGUGAGUGGACUUGGGAAACCUGCUGCCAAUGAGAAUGGUUGCGCAUUGUGCGGGGCUGCGGUGUCAGCGGACAACAAGUCUCCUGUGGUCAGGGUUUGCUUUUUCUGCUACGAGGAUCAGUGCAAGAUAGAGCUUGCCAUGGAGGAGUCUCAGAAGCAGGCCAGAUCCGACGAGAAUGCCGCCGCGGCCAUCGAGGAGUCUCAGAACUUUGACCGGACCGGCGAGGGCGCAGCCAUUGUCAGUGCGCCGGCUGGAGGCAAGAAGAGGAAGCUGAGCGACAUGGCCCUGCCGGAGCUGGGGUGGAAGCGAAGGGCGAGGGAAUCAGAACUCUGUUGGUUUGCCCGCGUGCAGGCACACCGGCAUGGGGCGGAAAAGAGGAUGCAGAAGGACUACAUGGCCCAGUGGCGAGCUUUCAGUGAAAAGCAUAAGCAGCGCUUCAGGGACGAGAUUGCAGGCUACAUGGGGGAGUAUGCUGCAAACACAGAGACGGAGGCAGACAAGCCGCCUCCGCAUGCUCCGCGCUGGGCUGCGUUUGAGAAUGGUGUUGCUUCCGUGGUGCUCCCAGUGGACUACACGCUUGAUGAUCUGCAGGCAGAUUUUGCACAGUAUGCGGAAAAUCCUUCCGCACACGACCAAAAGAGGUGGGAAUUCUACGCUUUGCUGCACCAGCUCUUGGCUCGUGAGUCUUGCCCUAUCACAAGCCCAGCGAAGGCAGCUGAGCAGCUGACAAGCUUGCGUGUAAACAGGCACUACUUGUACAAGCUGCGCAAGAGCUUCGGGGACGGGGCCCUUCCCUGGGAUGUUCCCGCUCAAUUCAAGAUGGGCCGCACGCCUCAAGAAUCCUUGGGGGAGCGUGAGAAGCAAGACCUUCUUUGCUAUGUGAAGUGGCAUCAAAGAACCGGUACCGCCCUCUCGAUUGAGCAGCUGGAAACUGCGGCAGUUUUGAUGAAGUUAGAAAAGCGCCUUAUCAGCAGGCUGGGUGAGAUCGGCGCGGACGAGUGCGGGGAUGACUUAGAAGCAAAGCUCGCUGAGCGCCGGCCUCGCUUUGCCCACUUCUGGCGCGAUUUCAGAGCAUGGGUCGAGGCCACGCAGCCCCGUGAAGACAGCCUGUCCUUGCAGAAGCUCAAGGCCAAGACUUUGCACCAGGCUGCCGUGAUGGAGCCAAAGGUUAUCGAGCAAGCCUUUGACACCCUUCAGAAGAUGCUGACCCGCCUGGGGCUGAUGUCUGCCAGCGGAGUGCUGCUCGCCUCAAGCUCUGGGCGUGUGAUCAUAGCUGACGAGAAGGGGUUCUCUUCUAGGAGCGACGUCCUCACUCAGAUGCGCGGGAUCAUUACUCAAAGUGGUCGCUCGAAGGCUGCUACAGUGUCAGCAGUCACGAGCUUUGAGCACAUUACGGUAUGCUCGUGGCUGCCUAUGCAAGGUCAGCCACUGCCGGUUGGAGUCAUUGUCCCUCAGAAGCGCCUGCAUGAAUCCUUUUCGCGCAUCUGGCCCGAGGCGGAGCUGUUUGCAAACCCUGGCGGCAGCCAAACUGCGGCUAGCUUUGUGCAGAUGCUGGAAAGGUUACUGGAGCGGUAUGGCGUGGAGCUCUUCGUCUUGCCCAGUUAUUCUACAGCAGCUCUCUGCGCGCUUGACCAGCAGCCUCAUAGCAUCAUGAGUGCGCGGUGGGCUGCUGUGAAGGCUCAGUUGUCUCGCCAAGGAAGGGACAUUAAUGUUUUCAUGGCAUUGAGCCUCAUUCGCAGGAUCGUCAUGGAGGGUCUGUCUGAGCAAAACCAACGUGCUGGCUGGGCAAGGUGUGGCUUUGUGCCUGGCGAGCUGCUGCAGAGAAAUGUGGUUCUAAAGGAGCGGUUUGAGGAGCUGUUUUCUUCAAAGCGUGCUGGCGCUGGCUUUGACGCAAAGCCGCAAACCAAGACUUCUGCGGUGCUGGGCUUGCUGGCGGCUGUGAGCCCAAAGAAGGUUCAUUGCUCCAAAGCAGGCUGCUCCCAGAAGGUGUCUCUGGCAGAUCGCUUCUGCGCGGCCUGCGGCGAGCCGAACACAGCUUUUUCAGAAGAGGCUGCUGAGCUAGUCCGAUCUGGCCGAAGAAGUGGUUGGUACAAGCCGCCUGCUCCGUCCGCCGUUGUGCCAGAAAAUGCAGCAGAAGAGAAGAUGGAGCGCGGCAUGGGGGACCUACUUUCCAAGCUGCGGAAGCGGGGCAGCCAAGCGCAGCCUGCAGAGUCUGACGCGUCUGCUCCUGCACCAGCAGCUCAAGGACCAGCUGCCAAAGCUCUUGCGACUCCUGCUUCUGUGCCAGCGACUGUGCCAGGAACCUCUGCAGCUUCGGGUGAUCAGCCCAUCGUGCGAACGGAGUGGGACCUUGACAAUGAAGCAGACUGCAUUGAUUGGGUGCUGCAGUGCUUCAGCAGCGAGAAACGUGAUGGCAUGAAAGGGUUGGCCGAGUUUUUUGUCUCUUGGCUCAGAAGCAAGGCCAGCAAAUCAGAGAAGCUCUCAGAAGUGUUUUACAAAAAUGUGAUUGGGCCUCAACUUCUCACAACUUCCAAGAAGAGAGAGGCUUGGGCUGCCGUUCAACGGUACAACCGCGGCCUGCGGUUUGUUUCCCACCCGUCUGCAGUGUGGGAAAAUAACAGUCCGAGGCAGAUUUGA